GCAGUGCUGGGCGGGGCUCCGCUCCACGGAUCUCUCUUGUUUAAAAUGUCUCCUUAACAACCGAACUGGGAGUCAAGUAGCAGAAGUUUUCGAAGGGCAAACGCUUCGUGUCGGAAUGGCUGGGACUGGCGAGGGGAAGAAAGAAGAGGCCGACUACAAGAGACUGCACAGCUUUCCUCUCAUCAGGCAUACAGACAUGCCAGAAGAAAUGAGGGUGGAGACCAUGGAGCUGUGUGUUACAGCCUGCGAAAAGUAUGCCACCAACAAUGAGAGUGCAGCAAAGAUGAUCAAGGAGUCCAUGGACAAGAAAUUUGGCAGCUCGUGGCACGUGGUGAUCGGUGAAGGCUUCGGGUUCGAGGUCACGCAUGAAGUGAAGAACCUGCUCUACAUGUUCUUCGGAGGAAGCCUGGCCGUGUGCGUGUGGAAGUGCUCGUAGCACCUUCUCUCUGUCCAUCCUCCCCUCUGACAUGCUCGCUGGGUUGGAGACGAACCACCAGCUACCAUCCAGAUGCUGGUUAUACUUGUCACCAGCCACUGUGACAGAAAACAGAAGCUCUCGUCCUGUUUAAAAAUGCAGUUGGCAGCGAAAAUAGUUGAAAGGGAAUUUUGAUUGCAACUUGGCUGGUAGGUCUAAAAAUAGCUUUUCGCCUUGUCUGUCGCUGUUCUUUUCCUCUCUGUUUUCAACCGUCCAUCUCUCCAUUAAAUACAUUGGAGAAAAAAAAAGAAAAAAAGAGGCCAUAACAUUUGUGAGCAUGCAUGUGCAAGCAAGUUCAACUUUUACAAGAAUUACAGCCAGCCAGGGUCUCCAAUGUCCUUUACCCUCAUUCCUCUGCAGGGAGCGUGUGCUUGUGUUGAGUGUGUUUAUGUUUGUGUGUGCUGGACACACACUGUUUUUUUUGAAACAGCAUCACGUCAUCGCCGAGCUCAGCAGUUUGAGGAGACUGUGCAACACUAAGCCGUCCACGCCGUCUGUAACUUUACACGUGUCUUUCUCUAUCCAACUGCACUAGUGUUUCAAUAAAAUUUGUAAGAUUUUUUUAUGUGUACAUAUUUUGAUGCAACUUGAAAACACUUCUUUUUAAGGAACAGUGUCAUCUUCUUACGAGUUAAAGGCUCAGAGUCUUCUGAGCUCAACCCUGAACCCGACCCCACCUUUUCUUCUUGUUAAGGUGUUUGUAAUAAUCUCUAAUAAAACCAUCGCCCCACUGGGUGAUAAUAGCAAUGUGAUUGUUUUCAUGUUGAUGCCAGUUUUAAUGAUCCAUUGGAAUGGAUCAUUAUGUGUGAAGUGACCUGAUUGUAUAAUAAACUGAAAUGUGGUUAAAAAGGAA